ACGAUGGAUUUGACCCCGCCGUCAUACGAGUCUGCAACAGACCGGGAUGCAUGGGCCAUCAUCGCCCAUUACAUUCCCUCCAGCGACCUCUGCGCAGCCUCGCUGGUCUGCCAUCGAUGGCACGAUCUGUUUAUGCCGUUCCUAUGGGGUGACCCGGCGUCGCAUUUCGGUACAGAAAAUGACGCAGUUUAUGUGGCCCUAACACGGUUUAGAAGGACUCUCAAAUAUGCCAGGCGAGAAGUACGGGCACUAACCCAUACACUUCAUUUGCCGCCGGCAUUGUCAGAGAUCUACGGUGGUCCCCGACCAGGCUGGCUGAGAGAUAUUCUAGAGUAUCUGCCUUGUCUGCAAUGUUUGAUGGUCUCAAGGCUACCCUUCUUUGACCAUAAUGCAAUGGUUGCUCUGAGAAACCAACCAAGAUCUAGUGAAUACAACGUCCGCCUAUUGUUAGCGGAUCAUGAGCCUAACACGACUUCGGCUGGACUGGCGGAGACUAUUCUUCGUUUUCCGAGGCUGACGUAUCUGGAUCUCUCGUAUACCAAGUCAGCGCGAGACCAGAGUGUCUUGUCUUCACUAUCUCAGCUUGAGCACCUUCAAGUAUUGAAACUGCGCGGUAUUGGAUUGAAGGACACCGAUGCCGAGUUCCUGGCCAAUGCCAUUGGAACCAGAACUCGUUUCCUGGAUGUGCGAAACAACAUGCUCACCGACAUGGCAGUCCGGUCCCUACUACAAGCGUCGUUUAAUCCACCGGAUCAACCAGUUGGGCGUGGUAUAAGACAAUCCGGUAAUUCGCCAGACCAUGCGCCCCCAGCAACCCAGCAGAGCCGCCAAUCAGAAUUUCUCAAGUCCCCAGACCUCGAUGAGCAAUUCCUCAAGUUUCUCGCACAGCCUGGUUCGAAUCACCCCUGGAUAGAGGACCUACCACACACGGGGAUCACUCACCUCUACAUCGCCAACAAUCCAAUCACAGUAGAAGGUGUAGCCGGUCUCUUAGCUUCAUCUCGCCUCCACGCCCUCGAUGUCGGUACCGUGAACACCGCAGAUGUCAUUCACAAAACAGCCUCCAGACAUGGGAUAUGCCCCGGAGCAGAGAAGCUAGUACCUAUCCUGGGCAACAUCGCCGGAGACAAGCUCACCUACUUUCGAGCACAUCAUGCCGUUGUUACUGCGGAGCCUCCGGCGAAAGACUCGGCAGCCAAAGGCGAAUUCAUACCAGAGCUUCCUUCCAGCAGCGAGGUGCGACGUGAAGCUGAGUUGGAUGCGUCACAGGAGAUUUAUGAGCUGCCAGGAGAGAAUCUUCCGGUCUUUGAGCUUGCAGACACGUCAAUAUCGGAUUCUCAAGGUUCGACGGUUACAACUCCAGUCCCACGGCUGAAGAAUCCAUACGAGGAUGAGCCGUUGCCUGCAGUUAGGCGUGGAUCUGCAUUUGCACCGGAAGUUGUACUUGAGCCAAGUGACGACAGCAACACCAUGACGUCCAACGGCUUUACCAAUUCGCUUUCCUAUCAGGAAAAUGAUGAAGGCACCCUACAAUCAAUCUCGACCCUUUCUGUACUCGAUGACAGCUCCAUGGCAUCAAUCCCACAAUGCAGCUCUCCAAUAUCAACAGACGACCCCCAGGCCCAGAGAAUCCAGGAGCUGCUAGCGAAACGUCCACGAAACCAGUCCCUCCCUCUCCGAGGUGGGAAAGAAAGCCGAUUCCCUUAUUUACACCCAUCCCAUAUUCCCCAUCUCGAAACAUUGGUCUUGACGGACGUUCCCUCACACCUCCUGCCCAAUUCUCCGAUCCUGUACACCUUGACUCGAUUCAUCACUGCUUGCUCCAACGAAGCUCUACUCGCCACUCUCCAAGCUGGAUCGGAUUAUUCCCUGCCACCUGGCCAGGCACGCAUGCGAGCUGAACAAGAGCGCUCCCGAACGCUCUUUGGAUUACGGCGAAUAGUCCUUGAAGUCACCCCCACUGAUAGCUCCACCCGACUGACUACGUGGAAACCGGGUGUCCAAAACUCAAGUACAGGUGAUCGCGACUCGGAGGCUCUCUGGGCAGCAGCCGCGGACGACUUUAGCUUCUUCGAGGAGAUGGAGUGUGGUAUCCCCGAAAAUGACCCGGGCAAAUACUUCCCAAUGGCCGUGCUCAACGAAAAGGUCUCCCUCAUGCCCUCGGACGACGAUGCCUCCACACAUUCUGGCGCCGAAUCACCCCUGCCGAGCCACCAUAUCUCGCAGAAAAGCGCAACAUCUGCCGUACGCAGUACACGCAGUCCGUCUCGACCGGUUACAAAAGGGUCGCAGCCCACACUCUUGAAAGAAAUUGAUCUGGUGGCUGAACUCGCUGCCUUCCGUCGUGCUAAGAAAGUUGAGUAUGAGCAGGCCGUGCGUCGGGAGAGAGGACGGCGCAGCACUAAUGGGACGGGGAUAUCGAGCGUGCCCGCUGUGACGACGCCGCAGAUCUCGAUGGCACAAUUUGUCGAGGGACAUUGGAAGGGUGAGAUUAAGAUUGUGAGGAAUCCGACGUCGAAGAUGCGUAGCGGGAUGGUGGAUAUGUAUGGGAAUUAUUUCGAGAAGGGCUACCUCUAUCCUUGA